AUGGAUAUAAGCGAGAUACUUGGGGAGAGCUCGAAGCCAGGAAGCUUAGUACCGACCAAGAGCGCGAUUUAUGUUUGGGGUUACAACCAGAGUGGGCAGACGGGAAGGAAUGGUAAAGAGCGCCAAUUACGUAUCCCUAAGCAGUUGCCACCUGAGCUAUUCGGUUGCCCUGCUGGUAACAACGCCCGGUGGUUGGAUAUAGCUUGUGGCCGGGAGCACACCGCCGCCGUGGCUUCCGAUGGAUCGCUCUUCACAUGGGGUUUGCUCUCUUGCUCAUAUCUUCGUUUCAAUUUCUCCUCAGAAUUCUCAAUUUCCCCUUGGAAUCUUAACGGGGCUAAUGAAUUUGGUCAAUUGGGGGAUGGCUCUGAAGAGGGGAGCAAGUACCCUAAGAGAGUAAAGCAAUUAGAGUCUGAGCUUGUGAAAUCUGUAGCUUGUGGAGCACAUUGCACUGCUGCUAUUGCAGAACCACGUGAGAAUGAUGGAACCAUCUCCAAAAGUAGGCUAUGGGUUUGGGGACAGAACCAGGGGUCGAAUUCUCCGCGUCUGUUUUGGGGUGCCUUCAAACCUAACACGAUGAUCCAUCAGGUAUCCUGUGGUGCAGCUCAUGUGGUGGCCUUAUCAGAAGACGGAAUGCUACAAUCCUGGGGAUACAACGAAUAUGGCCAGCUUGGUCGUGGGGUUACUUGUGAAGGCCUGCAGGCUGCUCGUGUCAUCACUGCUUAUGCAAAGUUUCUUGAUGAUGCUCCAGAGCUCGUGAAGAUAACCCAAGUUUCAUGUGGGGAGUACCACUCAGCAGCCUUAUGUGAAAUGGGCGAGGUUUAUACUUGGGGGCUUGGAAGCAUGGGCCAACUUGGGCACACGUCCCUUCAAUCUGGGGACAAAGAGUUGCUACCGAGACGAGUGGUUGCCCUUGAUGGUGUUAUCAUGAAGCAUGUCGCCUGUGGAGGAGUGCAUACUUGUGCAGUUACUGAUAAGGGAGCUCUAUACGCUUGGGGUGGCAGUCAAGCUGGUCAACUAGGCUUGGGACCCCAAACUUCAUCAUUCUCAUUCAUUCCCAGUGACUCUGAAUCCUUCCUCCGAAACAUCCCUGCCGUGGUUGUUCCAAAUGGUGUUGAACAUGUAGCUUGUGGACAUUCUCAUACACUUGCUUCUUUGAACGAUGGAAGGAUACAGGGAUGGGGUUACAAUAGCUAUGGCCAGGCAUCGAAUGAGAAGUCGACAUAUGCUUGGUAUCCGUCGCCAGUUGAUUGGUGCGUAGGGGCAGUCCGGAAAUUAGCUGCUGGGGGUGGUCACUCAGCUGUGCUGACCGAUGCUUGUUCCUUGAAGGAACUCUGUGAGUUUAGACUUGCAGAUGAGGUUAAGUUAUCGAAUGCAUCACGGAUUGAAGAUGUUGCUUCCCGAACUGGGGCUGAUGCUUUAGCUCGUCUCUGUGGACGAUUGAGACAGCAUAUGGUUGACAUCGGAGAUCAAAACUACGAUGAUGAAGAUCAGUGAGCACUGAAACUCUCAUUUAGAAUUCGUCCUGAUUUCUUGUGAAUAGUCCUUCCCCUGUUCUGAAUUAAGGGUGUCGAUUGCGGCGUCAGCACCUGUAAGUAUUGUAGCUCUGUGAUUGUUGGAACAGGAAGCGGUCAACUAAUACGUUGAGUCGAACUUCUGAUUAUUGUGUCCUCACAAUAUGCUGCUGUUCCAUCUCGUAUGUAGCUGUAUGUACCAACACUUGGAUGCCUACAUAGUCAACCCAUUUGUUGUGAUUUAGCUUCAAAUAUUGUAGUGACUGUAAGUCUGUAACAGAACUUUUAUGUAUGCGGGAACUAAGUAGUGUAAUCAAUGUACAAUCUUUCUGUGGUUUCGGA